UUUACUUAAUCCGCAAUUUUCUGAUAUUCUCUCUCUCGCAUAAACACGAAAUCCAGAUCUAGGGUUGUUUCAUCAUUCGAUCGUUUGUUCUAUCGUUCAGAGAAAUUCAUCCGUCUGUUGAAUUGAUAAAGAUGUCUUCAUCCAACGGAGUCUUCGCUCAUCAGAGAAACUCCCAUCGGAACGCUGGAAAGAUGUUGAAGAGACCGUUCGACAAUCCCGGCGGCUACGUCGGCAGAAUCGGAGGCUUCCAGGAGGAGGAUCGAAGCCGUUACGCGCCGCCUCAGAAACUCCCCAGAUAUCAGACGAAACCGCAAUUCCAAUCGGCGAAACCUAACGGCGGCGGGAUUCCUAUGUAUCGUCAUCAUCAUCAUCAUGAUAGUAACUUGUCUAGGGUUUCUAAUUACGGUGAUGUGAUCAAUUCUAAUUCAAGUAAUGUCUUUCUUUUUGCUCUUCGUAACAAUGGUCAUUCGCAAUCUAACGCCGAAUAUCACAAACCUUACGGUUAUGGAAACCCUAAUCCCCAAUCGGUUCCUCUUCCUUUACCGUAUCGUAAACUCGAUGGUUUCGAUUCGUUACCGGAGUGGGUUCCUAAUUUCGUACCUAACACAAACCGUGAGAUAACCGGAGUCCGGUUUAACGGUAACCAACUUUCUCAAGCACCGCCUGUGUUUACGAAUUUGCCUAAUUCAAUGCCUAUGAAUCAUUUAAACAUGGUUUCUGUUGUGUCACAAGCAUUACCACAACAACCUAUUGUGAGCAAAGAAUUGGCAGAUUUACUUAGCGUUCUUAACAACAAUGAGAAAGAAAAAGAGAGAGAAUGUGAUCUUGGGCUUGAUUUUGAUAAAAUUAAUCUUAACGUGCGACAUGAAUCUGUGAUCAAGUCUCUUUAUUCCGACAUGCCGAGGCAAUGUUCCUCGUGUGGGGUUAGAUUCAAGGGUCAAGAAGAGCAUAGCAAGCACAUGGACUGGCAUGUGAGGAAGAACAGAAUGGCUAAAGACGCGACCAAAGCCGCCACAACUACGAGGGUAAGCCAGAAACCAAAGAAGUCGCGUGACUGGUUUGCGAGCUCGUCUCUGUGGCUCAGUGCAGGAACAGGAGCGACCAUUGAAGGGGCUAAACCUGUUUUCGGAGAGAUCCAGAAGACGAAAGAAGAGGAGAAACAACAGCAACACAUUGUCCCUGCUGAUGAGAACCAGAAGAUGUGUGCGUUAUGCUUGGAGUCGUUGGAAGAGUUUUUCAGCCAUGAAGAGGAUGAUUGGAUGUACAGAGAUGCUGCCUACUUGAACAUGAACGGGACUGGUCCUAUAGUUCAUGUUAACUGUAUGCCUGAACCACGAAAAGGGCCUGCAAAGGAAUCGGCAAAGCUCGUUACGGUUGCGAGUGCAGUGGUCUGCUGAUAGAUUUAAGUAGUCUAGACUCCUAAGAGAUUUUAUUCUUGUUCCUUUCUUUGUAACUAAUGAACAUGCAUAAUUAAGAGUUGUAAAACACAUUGAAAUUUCAAUAAAUUUUCAUUUGAUAUCA